CAAUAUAUUUUGAAUGGUUCUUCCGUAAUCCAGCGUCAUUCGUAAAUGGUCCUCGCAAACUUCCCCAGGUGCACAUAGAGGCUCUACAUGCACCUGAACAAUAGGACUUGGAAUUCUAUUCUGGCUCAAGGACAUAAUGCGAACCAGUGGAACCUGUGUAAAGUCAGCAAAUUGCAUUCUGUUCACGUGUGCCAAUAUAAUCAAAAUGCAUUAGAGACCCGAAAUGGUGGUUUCGUUUGUUUGGAUUGCUUGAAAUGCCCCCCCGGGAUGGGUGUUACCAUUCCAUGCGGUAACAAGAUACCGUACGGUGCCUCUGUUGAAUGCCGGACUUGUAACCCAGGUUAUUAUUCUGAUUCCUACUCCCCUGAGAGCUGUAAACCCUGUGUAACUUGUGGUCCAAAUGAAAUCAUGGUAACAGCCUGUACAGAAACCUCAGACACUCGUUGUAAAUGCAAGCCUUGCCCAGAGGGGUACUACCAAAACCAAACCUUGUCCAAAUGCCUUCCUUGCUCAGGAUGUUGCUUGGAUGGUUUGGAUGUAGUUGUUCCACAGUGUCUCAAGCAAGGAAUGCCUCGCGCUCAAGCAUGCAGGUAUCACAAGAAAAAACCCUGUUCGGCCAAGUGCUGGUAUGACGAGAUUACAGUUGUGAAGAAUGAUGGCGAACAGAUCUGUUUACCCUGUCCUCUUUGUUCAGAAGAAUUUGGUCUUACCAAACCAUGUGGAAGUGUUGUAACUGAUGGUGCAAUACCUAAGUGUGAACUUCCAAUUUUAGGGAAAAAAUUUGUCAAUCAACAUGGUAUUUUGCAGUCUUGUAAAAGUUGUGCUAUAGGCGAAGACGUUGUUGCUAAUUGCUCCAUCAAAUCUGAUACCAUAUGUAGUGAGUGCAAAUUAGGUUUUUAUCUGAAUGACCAGACAAAUAUUUGCGAAGAGUGCUUCUGGUGUUGUAGGCAUAGUGAUAGCAAGAAUUUUAUGGACUGUAUCAAAGAGGCAAGGAUGUUUGCAGAACCUUUCAGUGGGCUUGGACUUCACUUGCUUUUUUCACCCUUUGUUCUAAAUAGACAGUCUGGUCAGUUGCAAACUGCAAAACAAGGCAGCCCUUUGGUGGAAUAUAUCAAACUUGAUACUUUCAGAGCCACUUUAUUAGGCCUAGGCUUCAUCCUGAUUUUGUUUCACAUUACUUCAAAAAGAAAGCCAACGUUGAACAGUAAAUAUCAGUGCCCAUUUCUCAACAAUCUUGAAACGAAAGACAGUUUGUCAUUGGGAAAGAAGGACCCUCAUGAAGGUACAGAAACUACUCAAUCCCCACUUUCAGGUAUUGAGGGGAUAGAUUGGGAGCACCCAAGACGACAUUGCCCAGGUCAUGUGGUGUUUGAAAAGUCAGGGGUCGAGGCUGUUAUUCUUGACAGUAGUAAGUCUACCCAGCAACAUGUGCCAAGUGAUUUGGUGUUGCAUGCCAAAUCAGAUGAGCUGGUUUUACCUGGAUUACUAAAGGAUGAUGAAUUUCCACUCAGUCCAGCAAUUCAACUUAACUCUAGAAGCAAGUUGACAGGACCCCUUGAGCUUCAGAUACCUCAUGGUUUAAACAUGGUGCUAUCUUCUAAUAAAUGUAAAGUCAUUUUGAAGCAGUUGAAAAACGAUGAAUGGGUGAAUGUAAGUUAUGUAAAGGGUAGUGGAAUAAGAGAAUUCCUUCCCAAAAGCAAUUAUGUUAGCUUUGAGACAGAUCAUUUUGCAACAUUUGCUGUGGUUGGACGAUAUACUGAACGAUCUUUAGCAGUAUUCAAAAGAAUGAAGGUCAUGGCAUUCUGUAAUGACACCAAAGUUGGAGAAGACCUUUUUAUGAGGCUGUACUGCUUUGAUGAUUGUGAGUGGUCAUUUGAGAAUCUUUUAAGCAACGAGGAAAAGAAAGGAGGAAAGCUUAUGACGUCAGUGGAAUCUCUUGAUUUUUCUGUUACUCACCAAGAGGACCUAGAAAUUGUUGUGAAGGAUAUUGUUGGCUGGAAGCUAGAAAGUGGUUGCCCAAUGAAAAUCAGCUAUGCAUCACUGAAGAACUCUUUCAGUUCAACUCCCACGUACAAUCUGGUAUUUAGCUCUGCAUCCAGUGAAAAGAAAAGCUGCUUCUUUUCCACUAUUGUUUUGACUCAGGCAUCCUCUACAACUCGUAUGUAUGCAAGCACUGCUAUUAAGGAGGAUUCAGUCUGUUAUGCAAAUCAGAGCUCGUUUCCAGAUGCUGUGAAUGAAGGAAAUCAAGUCACAAAUAUGAAAGAUAUCACUGUUGCAAACAGUGGAAAGGGGAAAGAACAAGACAUCACUGACUGCAUUAUUCAGUUGCAAACUUGAUCCUGAACCCGAUAGUCAUUAGAAAUGUUGGGCUCCAAUACGUGAACUUUAACCUUCAUGAAAUAUGGCAGAUGUUACUGAUGCAAAGAGUGGAAAGGGAAAAGAGCAGGACAUCACGGACUGCAGUAUUCAGUUGCAAACUCUAUACUGAACCCGAUAGUCAUCAUAAAUGAUGAGUUCCAAUACGUGAACUCUAGCCUUCAUGGACGUGUUACAUUGAGUAUGUCGUUGUUCUAAUUUGAUAAACUAAAUGAAACUUCAAACUUAGAUAAAGGAAAAGUUUUUGAAAAUCGGAAAAUAAAUAGUUUACUGAUAAAAGGGUUUGUUAAGAGAUUUUAAGAUUUGAAACUCCCUCACCGCUAGAUGAAACUUUUACUCGGUAUUUUUAAUUCAAAUUUUUACUUCGUUAGCAGUAGAUUUCAUCAAAACUGUAGAGGAUAUGGUGUAUUUAGGUUUGUAUAAAGGAUAUCAGAGGUUAUCUAUCUUAAGCUAUGGAAUUUUAGCAAAGUAGUAGCGCUCACCUGUAUAAGUAAUGUAUUAUUAUAAACACAAAGUAGUGUACCCUGUGAAAAGCCAGAUGUGAUAAAGUAAUGUGCUAAAUGGUGAGAGCAACGAUAAUAGAAAGUAUUCAUCCACA